AUGGCCGACGAAGGCAGGCUAGUCGCCGGCUCCGGCGAGCUAAUCCGGCCGCCGCGCCUCGAGGACGCGGGCCUGGAGGACUGCGCGCUCCCGCCGGAGUCCAUCGCCGAGGCCUUCUCCCUGGCCGCCAUGGCCGUCUCGUCCCGGUUCCCCCGCCUCUCCCUCUCCGACGACGAGGACGAGGACGACGAGAGAGAUGCGCCCCUCGCGACGCGUGGAGGAUGCGUUGAGGACGCAGGACCCACCUGCGGGGCCAUCCCCGACGCCCUUGUUGGCGCAGGGGGCGCCCGCGAGGGCGGCGCCGACGAGGUCGUGGUCGUCGGCGGCGGUGGCGGCGAAGGAGGCAGCGACGAGGUGGUGGUCGUCGGGCGCGGAGACGAGGAGGAUAGGGUUGUCGUGGUCGGGGAAGAGCUGCAGAAGAAGCUGGGGCAGGAGAAGGGUUGCGUCGAGGGGAUCAGAAAAGAAGAGGAGCGGAAGAAGAAGGAGGAGGAGGACAUUGCGGAGAAGGCGAUCUUGGUGGAAGAUUUCGCGUGAGCUUUUUCUCUGUAAGAUCGAUGAGGUGUUUCCCUAGUAUUUUCUGUAUGUUUGAUCUGUAAGGUAGUGUUUGAUUUCAAGAUCAGAUGAUACCAGUAUGCAGACUAUGGCGUUGAGCUGUCACAUGGUAUUCCACUUCUUAACUGCAUUGCUGA